UCCUCGCUGUUUAGUGACGUAAGUGAAAAAAGGAAAAGUAUACAAGUGCGAAAAUUUUCUCAGGACAAUAGUCCUUACGAACUAGAUGUCGUCGGUACAUAAUCUUAUUUAGCAAUAACGUAUAUGCAACUGCAUUUGAGAGUACUAACAGCACAUCAGGUCCUGCGAGUGUUGUUGAAACCAGUCUGUUUGUUGUGGUAUCGAACAUCAAGGAAUGCUGUCAGCGGGGAGCCCUUCCAAAUGGCAAGUGCAAGAUUCCCUCUCUUCCACACACAGCCUCUUAUACAGCGAGAGUGACCAGACAGAGGAUGAAUCUGAGGUCUUAUCGCCUGAGAGUGAGGCUUCAAGCAGAGUGCGUGAUCCAAAGUCAUGUUCCUUGGCCAGUGGGAGCAGCCAAAUUUCAGAAUCACCUCUAACAUUUGUGAACCAAAGGAGCGUUAGAGUUAAGAAUGGCCAAACAGGAAGUUUCUCAACAUCUCUUGUCUACACUGGCCAGACAUCAGCGCCAGCUCAUAGAAUUCCUACAGAGGGAGACUUCAGGUUUGCACACAAAUGUUCAGAACUGCAGCGGUAUAUCAGGCCUCUACUGGAGCUGUUGAAUGGAUUGAAAACGGGUCGAUAUGACAAAGGUUUGAAUACAUUCCAACAGAGUGUUGCCAUGGAAAGACUGCGAAAGAUUCUGGGUGUUUUACAGAAACCUGAACUUGGGGAGAAGUAUAUGGGCACUCUUUUGCAGUUGGAGAUAAUGUUAAAGGUUUGGUUUCCUCAUAUAAUAACUCCUCAUCGCAAUGCCACACCUUCACUCCACAAUCCUAUGGCCAGUAUGCCACCACGCUGGAAUCAAGACCAGUUACAUAUCCCUGUAAAGAAACGCAGAUUAAGCUGGUCCGACUCAGACUCGCAAGGUUCUCCAAGCUGUAAACGCAUUCAAGAUGAGGAUCAAGGACAGAGUCCCAGUGAUACCAACUCAUGGUUCAGUAGCUCAGAAACAACAUGUAGUGAACUUGAAGAUUAUGGUGCAAUCUGUACGAUUAAAAAAGAAAUGACAUCUGAACUUGAAGAAAACAGCAAUUUUCUUUUAAAGCACAAGACUGUGAUCCCUAGAGCUGCAACAAGGCCACCUCCACUUGUAAUACCACCCUCAGCCACAGAUGGCAGCAGCUUGGGCAUGCAGGACUGUGUGGUGUCUUCCACAACUCCUGUUUCCGACCCACCAGCAGACAUAGGGAUGGGUGGGAAAGAUGUUGUGUGUCCCAUUGCAAAUGAAUCUGUGGAAAGAGAUGGGCAAAAACGAGUGCACAGUAAAUCGUUUACCACAGAGCUGUUAAACACAUAGCAUCAGUUUCGCUUGUCCAAAGCAGACAGUUCUCCAGCCUGUUGAUAUUGGGAAUUUUUAUGCACUGAAUAAUUAAUGUCUCUUUUAUUGAUCAGACUUUCCGUUCUGCCACAUAUAUGUACAGCACAGAAUUAAUCAUAUGUACAAUAUAGCACAUGUUGAAAAAUAAGAUUUGUCUGUUAAAAAGUUUAAAAAAUGGAUUGUUCACCCCAAAAUGAAAAUGUUGUCAUUUACUCACCCUAAUGUUGUUUUAAACUUGUAUCUAUCUUUGGUGGGACACAGUAGGAGGAAUGUUAGCCUUUACAUCUUUUUCCUAUUCAUUGAAAGUGAAUGGUGACUGAAGCUGUCAUUCUACAAAACAUUUCCUUUUGUGUUCCAUCAAAGAAAGAAAGGCAUAUGGGUUAGGAACAACAUUAGGGUAAGUAAAUGAUGGCAGAAUUUUCAUUUUUAGGUGUACUGUCCAUUCAAGUCUUAAAAGGCCACAAAUGUGUCUUAAUGUUUUGUGUCGACAGUCUGAGCUGUGAAGCCAGACCAAGGAACAUGCACAACUAUCAAACACUCUACUGCACUGCCUUUCUAUGACAGAGGCUGCAACAAUAUCAAAUAUAUUAUGACCAUUCAACCAGGAUGCAAGAAAUCAGCUGAAAUAUUUUCUGGUAAAAUGUCCAGAAGCGUUACAGUGCUGUGACCACAAUAUACCUUAAUGUCCUUUGACUUGAAGUAACACAGAAUAAAUGGGAAAUACGUUAUAUAUAUAUAUAUAUAUAUAUAUAUAUAUAUAUAUAUAUAUAUACACACAUACAUAUACAGGAUGAUAUUUUUGAGGCAGUUUUAUUUAGUAGAUCAUUACUUGAAGACACGGAGUUCACUUAAGCAGCCUUAAAAUGACCCUUCAGAGAGUCGGUAGAGGAUCAUUGACUUUGGUCUGUUAUCAUAGCUCAAUGUUGUCUAUUUAUUAAGAGACUGUAAGGGUAAUCUCAGUAACAUCAAAAGUUGUGAUAAGUGGCUGUAUCUUGAAGUGUUAUUAUAUAAUACAGAGAGCAAAUGGUCAUUAUUGAAAAUGCUCUUGCCAAAAACAAUUUGCACAUUUAUAUUGUAUUGCUUCCAUGUUAUGAUGGUUAACAUUCUAGGUUUUUAUUGUAGGAAAUUGCCCAAUUGGUCCCUUUUACUCUCCCUAAGGAAACAGUCAUUCUUUUAUUUAGAAUUUGUGGCCUUUUAUGAAUUCAAGCAUUGUGACCAGUGACCAUUAAGGGCAGGUAUGUGGAGUGUCACACACUGUAAGGAAAAAAGAUGUUUUAUUUACCUAUUUGUAGAAUUCUGUUUUCAUAAUUUGAAUUCAUUCUAAAAUUAGAGUUGAGAAAGUUUCACGAAGAACCUGCACGAACGACAAGAUGUUGACUGAGACAUGUAGUGAAGUCAUUGUGCGGCUGUGCGAGUAUUGGCCUACAUAUAAGAGUACAUUGUUUGAAUCUCAUAAAUGAAAUUGUCCUAAGAGGGAAAAGUUCUUAUGAAUAUGUCUCCUUAAAUUACACUUAAGAAUGCUUCAUAUUAAGGUAGUAUUUUGCAGGAUAUAGUUUGCACUUGUGUUCGUCUUUGUUAAUCAAACCCCUUUUCACUUUCAUUGUUCUGAUUGUAUCAAAGUUGUUUUCACAGUUACUGAAAUGUUUUUCAACGUGUUCUGCUUUUUGAUAUCAUUAAAUAUUUCCA